CCCGCCUGGUCAAUUCCCCGGCGAAUCAUCGUCCGGCCGUUCGCAAGCGGGUGUUCCGAGAUGGAAAAACAUUCCGCCGGACACCCUGCGGUCUUUCACGACGCGCUCAUGGCAGCGCGACAGAACAUCCGAGCAGUCCAACAGUGUGAAACUGAAAAAUGUGGACAGUUUCUGGUGUCUUUCAUUGUCUUUACUAGUCUGCCAUCAUCAUGGCUGGUCCAGAGAACAUGGCAGACGGAGACUCCACGGCUGUUAAAAGACCCGCGUUGGAUGUCGAAUCACUCCAGAACAAGAAGUUUAAGACCGAGGAGCUGCCGAUAUCAGCAGCGCAACGCGCCGCAAUCGAUAACUUGUUGUUUUCCUUCAAGAAGAAAGGAGGCUUCGAUAAUAUCCGCAAAACAAUCUGGGCGGAAUUCAACGAUGGGGAGGCCAAAAAGAAAUUUACAGAUUCGCUGAUCGAGCUCGCUGAGUCUGAGAUUGAACGUGAGCCUGCGCUUUUGUCGCGGGAGCGGGGUAAAGCAGCGACCUUGAUCGAAGGUGCUGUGGACCGCAGCGAUAUCUACAAGAAUGUGGAAAGUACUAUCUACGCGCUGAUGCAGAACCAUUUGGAUUCUAUUCUUUCCUCUAUCAGGGAGAUUCGUCGCCAGGAGGUCGGGGAAGAGAUAGCGACGCAAGAGGAGAGAUCGGGCAACAAGACCGAUGAAGACUUCGCGCGCCAGGUUAAGGAGAAGCGCGAUGAGCGAGAGAAGAUUCGCCAGGAGGAGCUACGCAAGCAGAAAGAGAUAGAGGAGGAGAAAGCCAAAGCAAAGGCUGAAGAACAGCGCAAGCAACGGGAGAUCCAGCGUCGCAAGGAAGAAGAGGAAGCAGCGAAGGAGAAAGAACGUGAGGAACAGAGACGGGCGGAGCGAGAACGCAUACGGGAAGAGCGUCGUCGGCUGGAAGAUGAGAGAGAGAAGGAGCGCGAAGAGAGAUAUGAACGACGGCGGCGGGAAGAACAGGACAGAUACCGGGACCGGGACCGUGACCGUGACCGUGACCGAUCUAGAGUCUAUGACAGAGGCGUGGAUAGGUCUCCCCGUCAGCGCGACUCCAAGAAGACGCCUUCUCCCGCGCCGAAAAAGAGGACUCCGCCCCCUGUUGAUGAAAAAUCACUGGAAGAGGCCGCCUUACAGAUGCUCCUGAAGGAGGGAGAAGAACUGGCAGCGAAGUCACGGCAAAAGCCUGAGUUUGACUUUGAAGAAGCGGAGGCUAUUGAAAAUGGUCUCAAGCCAGCACCACGGCAAAAGAGUGUUGCAGAAUCGAGGUACUCCAAUACUCCCACUGGACCCCGAGAGCGAAGUUCUUCACACCACCCGGAACGUACACGGGAGCGAAAACGAGAAGGCAGCCGGAGUCGGUCACAUAUACGGCGCCCAUCUGGCUAUGAUGACGACCGUAGGCGCGAGACUAGAGAUCGCUCAAGAGCUCCGUCUAUUCGUCACGAUCGGGAUCGGGACCGGGAUCGGGACCGUGAACGCGAUGGCGAUGACAAACUCUCCAUUCGCGACUAUAGGGAUGAUAGAACCUACAGGAACAGACACCGCACCAGAAGCCGGUCCACGGUUAGAGAUCGGGAUCGAGACAGAGACAGAGACAGAGAUAGGAAUAGAGAUCGCAGCCGCGACCGAGAUAGAGACCAUGAUCGAUAUCGCCCUCGAGACCGCGAUCGCUCUCGUGACCGACGAGACAGAUCGCGUCGGCGGCGGAGCCACUAUUCACGCUCCCGGUCCCGAUCCCGAAAGCGCUCACGUUCCCGGUCUCGGUCCCGUCCAGCUCGUCGACGAUCUCGUUCCCGUCGUCGAUCUCGCUCUCGCCGGCGUUCGCCUAGUCAGCUCGAUAUCGACCGCUAUGUACCGGCGACGAGCAACAGGAGUCGAUCGCCUCGCAGACGACUGCGGUCACCGGACAGGGAUGAUCGGCCGCGGUUCGUGGAAAUUGACCGUUAUAUUCCUGGCGGUGCUUCUCUAGGCGAUCGAGACAGAGACGGCUCGAGGGAUAGAGAAAGAGAAAGAGAUCGCAACCGCGACCGCGACCGGGACCGGGAUCGCGAUAGAGACCGAAAACGCUCCCGGUCUCGAGACAGGGACGCGGACGAUAGAAGAGACCGGCGGAGGAGCCGGAGCCGGUAAAAUCCAUCCGAUUGAAUGGGAAUGUCUGCUAUGGCAGCAGACAUAUGUCAUUAUCGACCUAGCGGUCUCUGUAUAAUUAGUGGUAGUUAGAGUAAUGAUACCAAAAUUAAUGAGUAGAUCGAUGGCAAGAACAUCCUGGAACGCUCGAUAGUAUUUCUCAGGAGACUUUUUCCUCGUACUGUGUAUGUAUAAUGACAUAUCGUAAUUACCUGUUUCCCCUGAUAUUUGCAAACAUUCAAGGCAGGCAGCCAGGUACUCUUUUGAAGUUACGGAUACGAUUUAAUCUCAAU